AUGCAGUGGGCAAGAUCCCAGUUGGGCUCCACCAAUGAGGAGAAGAGGCAAGCGAUGAGAGAAAGGGAGAACAGUUACUCUGAGCACGCUGCGCCUGUGAUCUUGUCCCUCGGUAGCAUCCACCGCCAAGGGGUGGGCUUUGCUGCUGCCACCGUGGGUUGGAUCCUGUCCAUCACCUCCAUGGGCCUGGUGGUGUGGCAAGUGUGGUACAUUGACAACAACCCGCUCUUCCCCUCCAGCCUGGCCUGCGUGGGCAUGUGGCGAGUCUGCAUCUACCACCACGUCAGCAAUGUCAACAGAGUCCCGUUUUGUUACCAUUACACCUCCCACGAACCCUUCCUCCCUCUUGACAUCCUCAUGGCUCAAAAUCUCCUGCUGGUCACCAGCCUUCUAGGGCUCCUGGGGAAAGCCUCCAUCAUCUUUGCCCUUAGGAACACGCACAUGGGAAUUCUUCAGAAGAAGGCCACCCACGUCCCAUUCAUGGCCUCGGGGAUUCUGUACGUAGCCGCUGGCAUCUGCAUCUCAGCCACCGUGGUCUGGAAUUACUUCUCAGUGAUGAAGGAGGAGGGCAUCUCCUUUCCACCUUCUUGUGACUUGCCCUUCAAGCCAGAUGCUCAGGAAGUUGGGAGUGCCAGUGUCAUGGUGUUGCUGGCCAACUUCUUGCUGCUGCUGAGCGGGUUUUCUUUCCUCUUUUACAGAUUUCCCCUCAACAGCCAAGUGCAUCCCAGGAUCUCAGAGCUGUGA